GGAAACAUCACAAAUACAACACUCCAGUGUAAAGGGUCACCCAAAAUAAACGGUAGCAAAGACUCAAGUCCACGAAUCUAUCAACACCAGCAUGUGUAUCUCCACACUCCGCAAGAAUAGAGCUGCGGAGAUCUCUUUAGGAUCUUCGCUUGUAACCGACGAUGUCAAGAAUGCCCCGCAUUCGGCGUCAUCGACGACAGUGCCACGCAACGCUUCGAAACGUACCAAACAUCCGCACAUCAUCGUGCAGCACAACUACCAUGAUCACGCUCACGACGCCGCUCCACUGAUCCAGGAAGUCCCUGCCGAGGACUGUGCGGCUCGAGGUGGUGUGGGAACUCCUUUUCCACUCAAGCUGCACGAAAUGCUUCAAAAUGUCGUACAAGACGGCUACGCUCACAUUGUAUCGUGGCAGCCUCACGGACGCUGCUUUGUCGUUCACAAACCGGAACUCUUCAAGCAGCUUCUGCCCAAAUACUUUAAACUGUCCAAGAUCGCUUCGUUUCAACGACAGCUCAACCUGUACGGCUUUCAACGUCUCACUCGUGGCCUGGACAAGGGCGGCUACUACCACGAACUAUUCCUACGGCACCGGGUCUUUUUGGCUCCCCGUAUCCAACGCGUCAAAGUCAAGGGCACCGGUGUGCGGGCACGCUCCAACCCCAACCAAGAACCAGAAUUCUGGGAUAUGCCAUGGGUUGCGGAAGAGUCCACAACGGAAGCUCCGGCAGCCGUUUCGAGCGAAUCCUCGGUCGUGAGCCAAGAAAGCGGCCAUGAACGGUCACACGCUGAAUACAACUACCCUAAGAUGGAGAUGAUUCAGUCAUCUAUCUACGCUCCAUCAGCGCCUUCGCCUGUAUCGAGCUAUGAAGAGACCGUGUCUAGUAUGGAGGCUGACUUGAUACUAUCGGGCUGGGGAAAGCCCUUUCAUUAUCUGGUUCACCCAAUGGACGCAGCCACUUCCAACACAAUGACUAUUUCCGACCUACCAAUGCCGGAAACAGACUUUGAGUUUGACGAACUCCUCACCGAAAUCUUCGAAGAGGAUGAUGACUGCGCCUUUGCGGAUCUGCUGGAACGAAUCAUUGCGUAAAACAUCAUGUUCGCAUGUUCGUCCUGUACAGUAUUUGCAUUCUAACCGGUUGCCCUAAAAAGUCACUCUUGUACAUUUGGAGAACCGAAACCACCAUACUAGCUGACGAGUCAGCGAUGUCUCCUCGUGUCGAACUCUAUCACUUAGCACCUCGUCCAGGAUACUAAGUUACAGGUAACUCUAUCAUCUCUAUAAUUUCAUUAUUCUACACA